AUGUUCAAGCCGGCCAGGCAGCUUUAUAUUCUGCCCUCCAAUGGAGUCCGUUUGUUGAGUUUCCGGAACUUUAAUGUACGGACGAUUAGACAGCUUAGUGAGAUUCGCUACUAUUCGUCCUCACCUGGAAUAGGCCAACGGCGAAAGCCACUUACCAAAGCCCAGCCAGAAAACUCGGACGGACCAGUGCCAAGAGCUAUGUUAUCAGCAGAAGAAUCACAAAGAAUUCCUCAAGGAAACUUAUCAGAUUAUAAUCUUUACAGCGAGCUGGAACCACCUGCCAACAAUGUCGAUUCUGUUACUGACAAUGGGUUUCUUCUUAGUACAGGAGGUAAAAUCGAGUCCACAGAUCCAAAUCAUCCUACUGGGCUAAUUCUGUUGGGCACAGAAGCUUUCCAGGUAGACAUGAGUGGUGCAUUUACGGGUCUGGACACUGGGAUUGUUGAAAUCAGCAAACAAAUCAUUGGAAUCUUCGAGGUUGCCCAUCCUAAACCAGAGAUUCUUGUGGUAGGGCUGGGUGGAAAGUCUCGUAUUCUCGGACCGAAAACCAGCGAAUAUUUUCGUUCCUUGGGAAUGCGACUUCAAAUAUCAAAUACUGUAAGUUCGAUCUGUGAAGGAGUCAAUGUCGGAUCCAUCCUUGGUGCAUACUAA